AUGCCGUCGGACAAUGGCCCAACCGCUGACGACUGGCCCGAUGAGCGGCACCUCCACGAUGAGCCCUCCACCAGCGGCCACCAUCGGAACAACCGGCGCGCCCAUUAUCAUGAGAAGGGUCUAAACACCGGGGUCCGGAUUAUGGUCGCUUCACUCUGUUCAGACGAUGGCCGUCUCGAUAUCAAAUUCCGCGACCGCAAACCCUGGGUCGCCAAGAUCCUAGAACACCUCCAGUCCCAACCACCUGAACUCGAAAAAGGCCAGAACGACUUUUGUAUGUACGAAGGCGGGCCGGAGGGGGUGGAACACAAAAGCCCUCUCAAGCUCAAUAUCGUCGUCCAAGUUGUCGGCUCUCGCGGGGAUGUGCAGCCUUUCAUCGCACUUGGCAAAGUGCUCAAGUCCCACGGUCAUCGCGUCCGCCUUGCGACACACCUUGCCUUUCACGAAGUCAUCGAGGAUGAAGGCUUGGAGUUCUUCAACAUCGGGGGGGAUCCCGCAGAGCUGAUGGCAUUCAUGGUCAAGAACCCAGGGCUGAUGCCGCAUAUGAGUACGAUACGAAGCGGUGCAAUCCGGCGGCGGCGACGGGACAUGAAAGCUAUAUUUUCGGGAUGCUGGCGGUCAUGCUGGGAAACGGGCGACGGCACAGGGUUGCACCAUAUCCCGGAUGAUCCGUGGAGUGAGACGGAGGACUACCGGACCAAGCCAUUUGUUGCAGACGCAAUUAUCGCCAACCCGCCCAGUUUUGCACACCUGAGUUGCGCGGAGAAAUUAGGGAUCCCGUUGAAUAUGAUGUUCACAAUGCCGUGGUCGGCCACGCAGGCGUUCCCCCAUCCGCUGGCAACAGUGCGGUCACAGAACACCAAACCGUCUGCGGCAAAUUUUGCUUCCUAUGCGAUCGUGGAGAUCAUGAUGUGGGAGGGUCUCGGAGACCUGAUCAACAAAUUCCGCAAACGAGAGCUGGGUCUGGACCCGUUGGAUGCGAUUCGGGCGCCAAGCAUUGCGCAUCAAUUACAGGUCCCAUACACUUAUCUAUGGUCACCGGCUCUUCUUCCCAAGCCCUCGGACUGGGGCGAAAACAUCGAUGUCGUGGGCUUCUCGUUCCUCUCCUCGGGGUCCGACUACAAACCGCCGGAUGACCUAGCGUCCUUCCUUAAAGCGGGCCCCCCUCCGAUCUACAUUGGGUUUGGAUCCAUCGUUGUCGACAAUCAACGCUCAUUGACCAAGAUCGUCUUCGAAGCUAUUAAGGCAAGUGGCCAACGGGCCAUUGUGAACAAAGGCUGGGGGAACAUUGGAGCCGACGAGAAGGACAUUCCAGACAAUAUCUUGAUGAUCAGUAAGGCUCCGCAUGACUGGCUAUUCCAGCACGUUUCCUGCGUCGUGCAUCAUGGUGGAGCCGGCACCACCGCCGCUGGGCUUGUGUUAGGAUGCCCCACAGUGAUCAUACCCUUCUUCGGAGAUCAGCCCUUUUGGGGUUCCAUUGUCGCCCGUGCUGGUGCAGGUCCAAAGCCGAUUCCGUACAAAGAAUUGACCACGGAAAAGCUCACCGAGGCAAUCAAAACCGCUCUGGAGCCUGCCACCAAGGAAAAGGCAACGGAACUUGGUGAGCGGAUGCGCACGGAGCAAGGCGUGCGUAAUGCGGCGGUAAGCUUUUAUCGGCACCUUGAUUUGAAGAGCCUACAAUGCUCAAUAUGUCCACACCUGCCGGCAGUGUGGUGGGUGAGGCAUUCACACGUCAAACUCAGCACGUUUGCGGCGGCAGUAUUGGUAGAAACCGGGGUGAUCGACCCCCGGAACGUAGUUUUAUAUCGGUCGAUUGAAUACGACACGAACCGCGACCCUCGAGGCCCUCUGACUGCUGGCGCCGAGGUCCUCUAUGGCAUUGUCUCUGGGUUUGUCAGCGGCAUUGCCGACGUGCCCUGUGGCGUUGCAACGAUGUUUUCUACAAACCAGGAGCGACGGCGCCGUCGCAGGAAGGAAUGGGAGGACGCACGGCAUCUCUCGCAUUUCGAUGGUGCCUCCUCGCUUCAUCGUCGUACGAAGUCCUCUCUCGAUUCGGGCGUGGGGGAGGACAACCGCCUGAGUCACCGAGAUCUUCAGAAAGUGCGUUAUGAGGCCAACAGGCCUGCCACGUCAUGGAAUCGCUCUCGUCGACCAUCAGUUGAGUCAGACGAAGCCUAUGUCUCUGCCGAAGAAGGUCGCCUUAGCGACAGUGACGGCGAGUCGACCGACCCAGACCAAGGCCAAGAAAGCAGUCCCAGGUCUAGUUCUAGUAGCUCCCAGACCACGCUAGACCCGGACACAGACCCUGCUGUCGGCGAGGAAUUGGAUCUUGAGCGCACAAUCACCCGACUCCGUACCCGCGAGGAGUCUGGCGCGAAGGAGUUCUUUGGGGAAGCCACCUACCACGCCGGGAAGAUGGGCAAACACAUCCUCGACUGGGCGAUCACGAUUCCCACCGAUGUGACCCUAAGCCUUUCCAAGGGUUUUCACAACGCGCCGAAGCUAUACCAUGAUUCCACCGUGGAGAAAACUCCCAAGGUGCUGGGUGUGAGGAGUGGCUUUCGCGCUGCUGGAACUGAAUUCACCCACGGCUUCUACCAUGGUGUGACCGGCUUGCUCACCCAACCAAUGCUCGGCAUGGAGAAAUCCGGCGGGAAGGGCUUUAUCAAGGGUGUCGGUAAGGGUGUGGGCGGGGUUCUUUUCAAGCCUGCUGCUGGCAUCUGGGGCCUCGCGGGAUACCCGCUCGAUGGGAUCCAUAAGAGUCUGCGGAACUCCUUAGCGAAGAGCAAGACAAAGGAGAUCCUCACCUCGCGGAUCAAGCAGGGCAUCGAAGAGAUGAGUGCAGCCACGACACAGCAGCGGGCGGAUGUGAUUCGACGGUGGAAUGAGCUGGUUAAGGACGAAGGUACUGGGGAGAGUAGUAGUAGGGGGGAUACAGGGGAUGAGUGA